AUUUGCCUGCCUCUUCCACCUUUCGCACCCGAGACAUCUAUCACGACCUUUUCCUGCUUACCUGCUGGCCCCAACCCCCCGUUUCUCCCUCUGAUGUGCCACCGCCCCACCCCGAACACCGACUCCCUAGUUACGGUCCCUGGGUGAAUUUCUGAUGGCUGGCGCCAACUAGGCGGUCUUGGUACGAGUAGGUGCCUAUCAGAAGGUAGCGCAGUGCGGCAACCUACCGUCAUCGUCGACAAUGUUGCGCGCUCGGCUCGGAAGAACCCUCCUGACUACCAAGCCUCGGGGUAUUGCGAGGGCUGGCCCGCCGAGGCGUGCUUUCGGGGUACGAAUCCCGGGGGCUCCCGUGCCUAUCUUGAGGCCGACGCUCUGGGCUGUCGCCGCCACCGCGACUAUCUACGUAGCAUGUGCCGCCUAUGAUGUGCGCCGGUCUCUCCGGGAUAUCCGGACCGAGCAGUACACUUCGCUCGAGGAGGCGGAAAAUGCAAAGCUACGUGGAGAGCUGCUUCGUUUCAAGCCGCACUCGCCGCCGUCGACGAAGGCGUUCGGCUUACAAUUGCCGGGCCAAUUCGGGCCGGUGCUUCAGGGGUACAGCGACGCGGAGAAAAUGAUCAUCGGCUCCAUCGCCCUCAACACCUCGUUUUACGGGGCAUGCCGCCUGGCGCCCGGCUCCAUCACGCAAUACUUCUACCACAUACCCAUCUCUAGCCCCAACUACACCCUCCUGACAUCGGCGUUCGGCCACGACGGCCUCUUGCAUCUCGGCUUCAACAUGUUUGCCAUGAUCCAGUUCGGCCCCGAGGUCGCGCGAUCGACCUUCGGCGGCAACGGCGGCCAUUUCACGGCCUUCUUCCUCUCCUCGGGCAUCCUCUCGUCGCUCGGAAACCACCUGGCGACGCUGCUUCCGUCGCGGAACUACAGGUUCCAGCGCUUCGCGCCGAGCCUGGGCGCGAGCGGCAUCGUGAUGGCGCUGAUCGGCGCAUUCGCAUUCGCGCACCCGAACGAGCGGAUGGGCGUCAUAUUCAUCCCCGGGAGCCUCCCCGUCCAGGAAAUGCUGACGUAUCUCACGCUAUUCGAGACGUACGGCCUCUUCGUCGGGAUCCCGGGCCUAAACUUUGCGCACGCCGCCCACCUCGCGGGGAUCGCGGCCGGGUCGGCAUAUGUAUACUUUAACGGGACGCGGCGCAUAUGGCGGCCCACGCGAAGGUUCGCCUUCCGCUUUAUGAGGCUGCUGAGCCUUAUUUAGGUAGAGGGCACGGAGAUGCUAUACGCAUUAUCACGAUAGCAAGACCUGGGAUCUACUGUGCUCGCUGCUCAGACUCCCCCGCCACCUCCAUUCAGCCGUAUGCAUAGUUCAGGCCCGGACGGGGGCCGAUCAGAUCGAUUCCGCUAGUAAGGUGUGUAGAGGGCCGGAACAAGGAGGAAAGUAGACAGGGAGAGAAGCAAGGCCACAGAGGUACGGAUAGGGAUGUAAUACCUACCUACUUACUUACCGAAAGGCAUACCUACCUGGCUGCCUGCCUUUCAAGCGAAGAAAGCACAAGAGAAGAUG